AUGACCGGCGCACGUCCCUCUUCCCUCCUGAGGGAUGACGAAUAUGAGCGGCUGGAAGUGGAAAUCAGUCUCAAGGAGCAAAAAGAGGAGGGUGAGGAGGAGGAGAAACCACUGGCUGUGACAGUGACAGUUGCUUCUCUCUCUGGCUUUUUUUUUCCUCCCUCCUUCCCCCACUUUCUCGCUUCAGCUUCAUCAUCAUCACCACCAUCAUCAUCAUCACCCCUCAGAAACAGCAGCUUCUCCAGCAGCAGCAGAAGAGGAAUCAGCGUCCAUCGACUGCGUGGAGAGCAAAUAAGCAGUGAGCGGCGCUCCAGUCGAAGAGGAAGAUGGGGAAAUGGCAGAUAA